AUGGAAGCUAAAACUAUUUUCCUUUUAACAGUUCCCUCGGUGUUCCCGGUCUGCAAAAGCUCGUCACUCAUAAGUUUCAAAUCACCAGCACGCAUCACUGCAACACGUCGCCAUGUAAUAGCUUCCCACAACUCUGCCGCAGCCCCUACACGGGAGAAAGAUGCAAAAAAGCGAGUCGUUAUCACAGCAUUCCCAACGCGAAUCGGAGGUCAGAUUCGUGGAUUCGAGUCAAAUGAGUAUAUUGAUAGGAAAACUGAGCGCAGACUUGACGAUUGUCAACGGUAUUGUAUUGUUGCUGGGAAAAAAGCACUUGAAGAUGCUGGUCUUGGCAGCCAUGAACAGUCUAAAAUCAAUAAGGAACGUGCUGGUGUGCUUGUUGGGUCAGGACUCGGUGGUGCUACGGUAUUGUUUGAAGGUCUAGAGUCUCUAAUGGAGAGUGGUUAUAAGAAAAUUUCACCAUUUUUGGUUCCUUAUUCUCUAUCAAACAUGGGUUCAGCCUUGCUCGCUGUUCAUCUUGGCUUUAUGGGACCAAACUACUCCAUCUCAGCUGCUUGUGCGACAUCCAACUUUUGCUUCUAUGCUGCUGCUAAUCAUAUCCGUGAAGGGAAGGCUGAUUUGAUGAUUGCUGGUGGGGUUGAUGCUGUCAUUGUUCCCGUGCAAUUGGGAGGUUUUGUUGCAUGUAAUGCAUUAUCUCAAAGAAACCAUGAUCCCCAAACUGCUUCUAGACCAUGGGACAAAGAUAGAGAUGGGUUUGUCAUGGGCGAAGGUGCUGGUGUCUUGGUGAUGGAGAGUUUAGACCAUGCAAUGAAAAGGGGUGCUCCAAUACUUGCGGAAUACUUAGGAGGUGCAAUAAAUUGUGACGCUUAUCAUAUAACUAAUCCGAGAUUUGAUGGGCUCGGUCUUUCAUCUUGCAUUCAAAGCUGCCUUGUGGAUGCUGGGGUGUCGGUGGAGGAGGUAAAUUACAUCAAUGCACAUGCAACUUCAACAGUGAAAGGAGAUCUGGCAGAGGUUAAUGCACUCAAGAAUGUGUUUAAGAACACCGAAGGGAUCAAAAUGAACGCCACUAAGUCUAUGAUUGGGCACUGUAUGGGAGCAGCUGGAGCUCUAGAAGCCAUUGCUACAAUCAAAGCUAUUCAAACAGGAUGGUUGCAUCCCACCAUUAAUCAAUUUAACCCAGAACCUGAUGUCGAGUUCGACACUGUUGCAAAUAAAAAGCAACAGCAUGAAAUCAACGUUGCUAUUUCAAGUUCAUUUGGUUUUGGUGGACACAACUCCGUAAUAGCAUUCUCUGCAUUCAAACCUUGACAUGUUUAUCUGGAAAGUGUUGGAAACUACAUGCCCGUUGAGGCAUUUAAUCAACUUAUCAAUAAUGAGAUUGCAUCAUUAC